AUGGGUGGAAAACAUCCACAAUCAGUAAUGACUGAUCAGUGUAGGUCCAUGGGCAGUGCAAUUAAAUUAGUUUUUCCAAAUGCAACACACAGACAUUGCUUGUUCCAUGUGAAGAAGAAUUGUGAUGACAAAAAUGGACCAACAUUUGCAGAAAAUGAAGGAUUGUAUGAAGAAAUGCAGGACAUUAUAGAUAGCUCGUUGACUGAAGAGGAAUUUGAAACACUAUGGCCACAAAUGAUUGAGAAGUACAAUGUUGGAGGAGUCAAAAUCUUUGAGGACAUGUGGACAAAUAGAAAGAAGUUUGUGCCAGUAUACUUCAAAACUAAAUUUUUCCCAUUUAUCCAAACAACAGCUAGAAGUGAAGCGACAAAUGCUUUGUUCAAGAAAGGAGUUGGUGCACAGUUUAGCAUGACAAGUUUCCUGAGAGAAUAUCAACGGAUAAUGGAUACAAUACAUGCAAAUGAAGAUGAAUUGGACCACAAGGUUGCAAAUAAGAAGGUAGAACCAACAAACUUCUUGACGAAGUACUAUAUAGAAAGACAAGCUCAUGACCUGUACAACUUGGCAAUAUUCAGAAAAUUUCAACACACACUCAAGGAUGUGACAAGGUUAAAUGUCCGAGAGCACAAAAGAGAUGAAGUUUUUGUCGUAUUCCAGGCAAAGAACUGUGCAAUAAAAGAGCACCGCCAUAGAAAUUUCAUAGUGCUAGUAAAUUUGAAGAAUGAGGAAUACUCAUGUGUGUGCUGCAAAUUUGAAAAGGAUGGCAUCCUCUGCUGUCAUAUUCUGAAAGUUAUGCUGCACCUUGAAGUAGAGAAGAUUCCAGAGAAAUACAUUAUUGAAAGGUGGCAAAAAAAGAGCCAAAAAUUAAACUACAAACUCCCUGCGCCACAAGAAAUGGACAAUGAUAGUCUAAGGUACAGCUUAUUGACAAGAAUAUUGACACAGACAGCUUCAAAAGGAUCUAAAAGCAGAGAAAAGUGCCAAUAUUUGAUACAAGAAGCAAAAAGAAUAGAAGAACACAUGGACGCAAUGGACAGAGUAAAGGAAAACACCGGGGAAACACAAGCAACAGAUCAGCCAACAUCAACAAGAACAGUUUCAAACUUGUUCAAUGCAUCUUUGCAUGAUGGUUCAAGUGCAACCAUUGAUAUUCAUGACCCUGAUAAAGCUCACACGAGAGGACGUCCAAGGAUGCUAACAAUAAAGGAGAAGAUAAAGCAAAACAAAUUUUACAAGUGCUCACACUGUGGAAGUGAUAAACACACAUUGAAAAAUUGUACAAACAAGCAUCUUGAAUUCAAUUUGCCAAAACCAAAGAGGAACAGGAAAUCAAAAGCUAAAGGUGCAGGGACAAAUUCUCCAGCUAAGAAAUCAGCAAAGAAGGGGAAGAAAGCGAAGGAUCCAGUUCAAGCAAUUGAGCAAACUCAAGUCAAUAUACCAGACACAUGUAGCGGAGAAGCAUCUACAAAUAUCUGA